AGGGCCUUAUCCGCCGGAGAGGAAGCAGGGGUUAGGGUUUUGGGGGAGGGAGGAAGACGAUGGCCGCGGUGGUGAGCGCCUGUUCCGGGAGCGCCGCGGCGUCGGCAUUGGCGCAGUUCUUGCGCAGCAAGGGCGUCCGCGAAGAAUGCAUCGACCGAAUGGUGGACCGCUGCAAUAGCAGCGGCCGAUUCCCAGGUAGUGUGGAUUCCCCGAGCGCCACGGCCGAUGUAAUGCAGCCGACCUGGAGCUACCUGGAGAGCAUCGUCGUCCCCAAGCGCAAGGUCACGUCCGUGGUGGCGCGCUGCCCGCCGCUGCUCAUGAUGCCGCUGGAGGAGCGCCUCAAGCCCAUGGUGAUGUUCCUCCAGACCAUGGGGCUCAAGCGCGAGGACAUCGCCAAGACCAUCAACCGCUACCCAUCGAUCUUCAUGCACAGCGUGGAGGAGAAGCUCUGCCCGCUGCUGGCAUUCCUCGAGGGCGCUGCGGGCGUUCGCCCGGAGAGGAUCGGCAAGCUCCUCGUGCUGUGCCCGAGGCUCCUGAGCUACAGCAUCGAUCAGAAGCUCCGACCCAUGGUGGAUUUUCUCUGCGGCCUCGGCGUGGAGCCGGGACACGAGCUCGGCAAGCUCGUCUGCUCGUAUCCAAACAUCUUCGGCUAUAGCAUCGAGAACAGGCUCCAAGUCACGGUGGAGUAUCUCCGCCAACUCGGCCUCUCCAAGAACGACUUGAAGAAGAUCAUCGUGUGCUAUCCUCACAUCAUCUGCCGGGCGGAGAAGGCCUUGGAGCCGGCCGUGAACUAUCUCCUCACGGCUGGACUGAGCGCCGGGCAGAUCACCACGCUGGUCGCUGGCUUCCCUCCGAUUCUCGUCAAGAGCGUCAAGAGAUCCAUCCAACCAAAGGUGGAGUUUCUCAUGCGGGACAUGGGAAGGGGAUUGGAGGAAGCAGUGGAGUUCCCGGCCUACUUUGGCCACAGCCUCAACAGGAAGAUCGGGCCCCGGCACAAGAAGCUCAAGGAUCAAGGUGCCAUCCCUCUCCACGCGAUGCUCAACUGUAACAAGAAGAAGUUCACGUCCAAGUUCUUCCCAGAAGAAGUUACAGCUCCGUGAGAGUGAUGGUUCCAGUCCGGCUUUGGCGCGCGCAAGCGAAAACACCAACAACAAUCUUCCAGCUUCUCGGUCCUCCACAAAAGUUUUGCUGUUGGUACGUAAAUUUCUUGUCGCUAGAGUGUCUUACGCUUCCUAUGCUUUCGUUUCUUGCUUUUCGUCCGCCGUGGUUCUUGUUCUUCCCAUUCGUUCGUCCUGCGUUGUCCUCUCCCUCUUUCAUUGUUUUUUCGCUCUAGGACUUGAGAUUUGAGCUCCUUGUCGUAAAUGGUCACUUCCAAUUAGCAAGGCUGGUUGGUUCUUGGCAAGCUCUCUGUGAACUGGUGGGAUCAUCGCUUUUGAGGCGAUGUUGUCUU